CUCUUUGGUUAAACGUACUUCACCCUAUCGUCAGUCAGCUGUUUUCAGCCUGUAAGAGAAGCAAACAGAAAUUAAACAGGAGUUACAGAGAUAAGGAGCCUUCCUCUAAGGUGCAAAGAAAUAUUUUAAAACUAAAAGCUGUUGUGAGCAGGUAGUAAGCGAGGAUCCGUUUGUAAAUGAGGAAACGGUUCAGAAUGUCAGCGCUGCUCCUCCUCCUGGAAUGAGUCAGAGUUUGAUAAGCCCUCCCUCUUCUUCCUGCUCUCAGACACAGCCAGCUCCACUCUGUAUUUCCUGGUUCCUCCCCUUUAGAUCCACACUGAGGAGGAUGAGUGUAACCAACAUGUGGGUAAAGUACAAGAGCUGAUAGGCCACAUUCACUGCACACACACAUGCUGUUCAGAUCACAGCUCACAUAGUUUCAGCUCUCAGGAAGUGAAACUCUAGACACUCGCUGCCACUGAGGUGAAAUGGCGCAGAAAGGAGUUCAGCUGGACCGGGAAACCUUCUCUUGUUCUAUCUGUCUGGAUCUACUGAAGGAUCCGGUGGCUAUUCCCUGUGGACACAGCUACUGCAUGAAGUGUAUUGAAGGCUUCUGGGAUGGAGAGGAUGAGAAGAAGACCCACAGCUGCCCUCAGUGCAGGCAGAGCUUCACACCGAGGCCUGUCCUGCUGAAAAACACCAUGUUAGCAGCUUUAGUGGAGGAGCUGAAGAAGACUGGACUCCAAGCUGCUCCUGCUGAUCACUGCUAUGCUGGAGCUGAAGAUGUGGCCUGUGAUGUCUGCACUGGGAGAAAACUGAGAGCCUGUAAGUCCUGCCUCGUGUGUCUGGCCUCUUACUGUGAGAAACACCUCCAGCCUCAUUAUGACGUAGCUCCAUUAAAAAACCACAAGCUGGUGGAGCCCUCCAAGAAGCUCCAGGAGAACAUCUGCUCUCGUCAAUCCAGGACAGAGAGAAGGAGGUGAAGCGGCUUCAGCAGGAGGUGGAGGCCGUCAAUGGCUCUGCUGAUAAAGCAGUGGAGGACAGUGAGAAGAUGUUCACUGAGCUGAUCCGUCUCAUGGAGAAAAUAAGCUCUGAUGUGAAGCAGCAGGUCAGAUCCCAGCAGAAGAGUGAAGUGAGUCGAGUCAAAGAGCUUCAGGAGAAGCUGGAGCAGGAGAUGGCUGAGCUGAAGAGGAGAGACGCUGAGCUGAAGCUGCUGUCUCACACAGAGGAUCACAACCAGUUUCUGCACAGCUACCCCUCACCGUCAGCCCUCAGUGAAGCUACACACUCCUCCAGCAUCAACAUCUGUCCUCUGAGCUACUUUGAGGACGUGACGGCGGCCCUGUCAGCAGUCAGAGACAAACUACAGGACGUCCUGAGAGAGGAAUGGACAAACAUCUCACCAACUGAAGUGGAUGUUUUACUGUCAGCAGCGGAGCCCACCACCAGAGCUGGGUUCUUAAAAAAUAUUCACAGGAGAUCACACUGGAUCCAAACACAGCACACACACUGCUGGUAUUAUCUGAGGGGGGCAGAAAAACAACAUUCAUGAAACAACAUCAGUCUUAUUCUAAUCAUCCAGACAGAUUCACUGAUUAUCGUCAGGUCCUGAGUAGAGAAAGUCUGACUGGACAUUGUUACUGGGAGGUGGAGUGG